UUCGGGGUCCUGAUCUCUGGGGAAGGGCUAUCUGACAGCUCGCCCAGCAACUCCCGUCAGGCGGAAACGAACCGCCCGGCGGAUCCCAGGACCUGCAAACAGUGGAUGCUCACUUAUAUCCUGAGCUUCCUUCCUCUGUCAGAUCAGAAAGAGGCCUCUCUUGUGAGUCGGGCUUGGUACUAUGCAGCCCAGAAUGCCCUUCGGGAGACAAAUGUGCGCUACAACAUUCCUGUGUCCUCUGCUUCACUCUCGGUCAUCAAGAGUUUGGGCCUCAGGGGCAUUUCAUGCAUCAGUUUGAUCAAUCUGGAUGGCUCGCCAGCUUCGCACCAGGUACUACAGUCUGUUGCUUACCACCUAGGCCCACACCUGGAGAGUUUAUGCCUGGGUGGGGGCAGCCCUACAGAGGCAUCCUUCUUGGCCCUGAUCCUGGGAUGCCCAGCCCUUCACACCCUUGAUCUCAGUGGCUGCAACAGUCUCUUUACAUCAGGCACUCUGCUGGCUCAGCCUGAGACAGCACAGUGUGUCCGAAAGGCAUUGAGUGGCCUCCGUGAUCUUAACCUGGCUGGCCUGCGUGACCUGACUGACCUCAGCUUCAACCAUCUUAGUGGUUGUUUUCCCAGCCUAGAGCGCCUCUCCUUGGCCUACUGCCGUCUUACCUUUGAAUUAGGCCCAAACUGGGGCUCCGUUAGCCCCCAGGUUUCCUCUUCCUCCCAGCUUUCCUUCCACAACUUGCUACAGUUCGUCAAGGAACGAGCUGGUAGGCUGCGUGCCUUAGACCUCAGUGGUACAGGCUUGCCACCUGAGGCCCUGAAAGCCCUGGGCCAAGUGACUGGACUGCAGUUGAAAGAGCUGAGUUUGCACAGCUGUAGAGACCUCUCCUCAGAGGCUGUGGCUACCCUGUGCCUCCAGCAGCCCAGCCUUACUUCAUUGGACCUUAGUGGCUGCUCAGAACUGACUGACAGGGCACUCUUGGCUGUGAGCCAAGGCCUACGACACCUGCGGCACUUGAAUCUGAGGAAACUGCAGAGAUUGACCGACGCAGGUUGUACAGCCCUGGGGGGCCUGCAUGAAUUGCAGAGCCUGGACAUGGCUGAGUGCUGUCUGGUGAGCGGUCGGGAACUGGCCCAGGUCCUAGGCUCAGUUCACAGAGCUCCACCUGCACUGACUUCCCUCAGGCUGGCUUACUGCUCUUCACUAAAGGAUGCCUCAGUGCUUUCCAUGAUCCCAGCACUGGGCCCAAGCCUCAAGGUGCUAGACUUGUCCUCAUGUGUGGCCCUCACUAACCAGACCAUGCAGGCCAUCUGCACCUACCUUACUCACCUGUCAGUCCUGCGCCUGGCUUGGUGCAAGGAGCUCCAGGACUGGGGGCUUCUGGGCUUGAAGGAGCCAAAGGAUGAACCUGCACUAAGUCCCCAGCUACAGCAAGCUCCAGACCCACAGGGCCAUUCCCUGAUCAUGCUUCAGGCCCUGCAGGAGUUGGACCUCACAGCCUGCAGCAAGCUGACUGAUGCCAGUUUGGCCAAGGUGCUCCAAUUCCCUCAGCUGAGGCAGUUAUCAUUGAGCCUGUUGCCAGCAUUCACAGACAUGGGCUUGGUAGCUGUGUCUAAGGGCUGGCCCAGCCUGGAGCGCUUGGCAUUGAGUCACUGCAGCCACCUCAGUGACGAGGGAUGGGCUCAGGCAGCCAGGUUCUGGCCAAGGCUGCAACACCUCAACCUGUCCAGCUGCAGUCAGCUCACAGAGCAAACUCUGGAUACCAUUGGGCAGGCAUGCAAGCAGCUUCGAGUGUUGGAUUUGGCCAUGUGUUCUGGCAUCAGCAUUGCAGCCGUCAAGCGCUUUCAAGCACAGCUGCCUCAGGUGACCUGCAUCCAGUCUCGCUUCGUGGGAGGGGCUGAUCUGACCCUAACGCUUUGAGGCCAGAACCUUUUCUAAGAUUCAGGAUGGAGCCAUUCCAGGAUACGUGCAGCACCAGAGUACCCCACAGAUGGCAGCAACGUCUUUCCAGCUACACUUGCUGCCAUGGGCCCUUUAAAGGUCAGACCCACAGGUGAGCUGGGCCUGGUGCUGGGGCAGGCCAGACCCUGGCCUCCUGCCCACCACUACUCAGGCCUAAAGCCUUUGUUCUGCCUGCUCUCCAGGGUCCUCUUCCAACCCUCCUGAGUUUUAGCAGUCAGUCAAUCCACCCACUUCAUUGUAAACCAAAACAAGAUUAAAAAUUCCAG